UUUGUUUUUGUUUUGACUUUUAACAUUUCACUCAAAAACGUAACCUAUUAGUUGUUUGUAAUAUUCAUCCUUGAUAUAUAUGGUAAAAAUAAGAUAAAAAAUGAGUGACAAUUUAUCAUAUGUGCAGAUUUCCUCAUCCGUGAACCCUAGUUUUUGGAAUAAACUUUCGGAGCUGAAAUUGAACGUUUACAAAUUAGACGAAUCCAAGCAUAGCAUAUGGGGCUACCACACCAUUAUAAACUCCACAAGUUGUCCCAUAACACUUAUGGAGGUAGAUAGCACAUCAUUCAAUAGAGAAUUCACUGCACAUAAUCAGUACCUGCCAUUCCAUGGUUGGAUCCUCAAUACAAAUACUAUAGAACAGUUCAAAGAGUGUGAUAAAGUGGAACUUAUAAACAGUGAAGGUCACAAACUAUAUCAACAUAUAAUAAAUGAGGAUGUAUUCAAAGAUACCUCAUUACUCAACAGAUUUUUUAUAUUAUCUUUUGCAGAUCUCAAAAAAUUCCAUUACUACUACUGGUUUUCUUUCCCAGUCCCAAGACAUGUAGUUGUGGAAAAAAUUGAUGCUUGUGAUUUAGAAAAUGUGUUUUCUCCAGAAGAGGUGGAAACACUUCACAGUGCCUACAAGAACUUAGAUUGUACUCAAAGAUCUUAUUUUAUUGUGAAAAAAGAAUCAGGGAAAAUGUUGGAAAUCUGCACUUUAGCAUUCCAACUAAAAAGUAUUACCUUGGAGGAUAAAGAUAACUACUAUUUUGUAUUUCAUAAUAUAUCUAAUGACAAAAAUGCUGUGGGCUCACCAUUUAGAAACUAUGUAGCAUUUUUGUUGUACUAUUGGUAAAUAUAGGUGUCCCAAAAUAACAUAUCAAUUCCUUAUAUGUAUAUAGAACACAAAGGAAUAAUGUCACAAGUUCCUAUAAAAAAUAUCCUACAAAGGGGUUUCUGUUUGAGAAUAUUGACUUGACCUUGAAAAAACAUUAAACCUUGUUGUCAAGGUCACUAUCAUUUUGCCGCUCGAAACCCUACAACUUCUGUUUGACACUUCUUUCUAGAAUGCACGGUUUUAGAAAUAUUUAGGUGGAAUAAUUAAUAUAGCACACCACCAGAGACGGAGUAGCCUUAAUUCAAAAAUGCUAUUUUUUAACAUGUAUAAUAAUAGCUUAAUGACAAUAUUCUUGAAAAGCCUGAAGGGAAUGUUACAUGGUCAAUAGUCCCUGACAUCCGUCAGUAUUUUUCAUGGAAUGUGAUUUUUAUUCAGCAUUUCGCCAGGACGUAGACACUCACUAACACUGGUGGAAUAAUUAUUAAAUGACUGAUGGUGCGGACCACACUAAAUACUGAUCAUGUGAGAUUUGCCCUACUCUGAUUCUGAAGAAAAUGUACACAUGCUUGACUGACAUCGAUAAAAUUGAUCAUUUAUGAGUAAAGCGCCUAGUUUCGGAGAUUGACAUGUUAUCCUGGAAGACCCUGUAUAUUUUAUUAACCUAAUAACGUUGCUUUAAAUACUAGCUAGAAAAUGUUGUAUGAUAAUAGAUUAUUAUGUUUCAGUGAUUUCUUGCAAAACAAGAUAGUAAAUUUUAUUUCCUUCAAUUUGUCAAGAACUGGCUCUCAGGUUACAUGUAGGAAAAGUAUAGUUUAUAAGCUCAAAUUACCAAUGAAGACGAAAGAUUUUUAUACUAGUUGGGUUGGAUGGGAGAAAAAUGAAAGAGAUAAAAUGGGCCCCAAGUUAGCUAACAUGAAAAAUACGUUAGACCCGUCAGUUAUUGCAGAAAAUGCAGUUGAUUUGAAUCUUAAGCUCAUGAAAUGGAAUCUGCUCCCUUCCAUCGACCUGGACAAUAUCAAAAAAACUAAAUGCCUACUUCUAGGUGCUGGAACAUUGGGUUGUUCUGUUGCAAGGACAUUGCUGGGUUGGGGAGUAAGAGACAUAACAUUUGUGGAUAAUUCGACAGUGUCUUUCUCAAACCCAGUUAGGCAAAGUCUAUUCACAUACCAAGACUCCGUCGAUAUGAAAUCAAAGUCAAAAGCGGCGGCAGAUAAUCUAAAAAAUAUCUUUCCUGGCGUGAAUUCUGUCGGUCAUCAGCUGACUAUUCCAAUGCCAGGACAUUCAGUCGGAGAAAGUUUGUUGGAGCAAACCAAAGAGAGCGUUAAGAAGUUAACACAACUCAUCAAAGAUCAUGAUGCCAUAUUUUUACUAUUGGACUCCAGGGAAAGUAGGUGGUUGCCUACACUAAUAGGCAAUGUAGAAAAUAAGAUUCUUAUAAAUGCAGCAUUAGGGUUUGACAGCUAUUUGGUUAUGAGACAUGGAGUAUAUAGUCAAAACGAUACUAUACAAGCUUCAGAUCACCCUGAGGGCUGUAAGGUUAUUACAGGAAACAAUUUGGCAUGUUAUUUUUGCUGUGAUGUUACCGCACCAGGAGACUCGCUCAAAGGCAGAACUCUUGAUCAGCAAUGCACAGUUACAAGACCAGGAGUUUCACAAAUAGCUGGGGCACUAGCUGUUGAGUUGCUAAUAUCCGUGCUUCAGCAUAAGCAUGGAGUUCUUGCUCCAGCAUACUACAGCACUGCACAGACUGUGCCCAUGCAAGAAAUGACAGCUAGUGGAGAUUCAGUUUUAGGAUUAGUACCACAUUCUAUUAGGGGGUUUCUGUCAUCAUUUGAACAGAUUUUACCAGCUACAGAGAAGUACAAAAAUUGCGUGGCUUGUUCAGACCUAGUUAUCAACGAGUACAAAGAAAAGCAAAUGGAAUUUUUACUCAACGUUUUUAAUAGUUCUAAGCACUUGGAGGAUGUUGCAUUGCUGACAGAAAUGUUUAAGGACACUGAUUUUGAAGAGGUUUUGGAAUUCAGUGAUGAGGAUUUUAGUGCCUAGAAGUUGAUGCUCUGUCAAAACCCACCCUAGGAUAGCGUACCCAAAGAAUUAUUUCCAUCUACUUGCAAAAUUAUGUUUAUUGCUAACUGCAACUGAAUAUAUCAUAAUACACAUUAUGGCUUCUUCUGUGUUUUGUUGUGAAACAACAAGUUGUAUGGUUCAACAGUGUGAUGGAAGAGUUUCACUAAGUAGGUAAGAACUCCUACAAUCUUCAAGAUUAUUGCAACUUCAGAAACUUAUACUUAUUACUCUGAUUCAACCUUGCUUCAACUGGUCCAUAAUUAAAACCAUAUAUUUAUUCCUUGUUAUGUAGCAACUUUUAUAUUUAUUGUGAAUAAAAAAUAUAUUUACAUUUGUCAA